CAUCUAGUGUGUAUCUGCGUGAGUGGCAAACCCUCACACGUUCGCUACAAUCAACCCUCACUGUUCGAGGAAAAGCGACCGUCUUCUCCCUGAACCCCCGAACGCCAAUUUCGCCGCUGCAAAGAUGUCGGAGAGAUGGAAAGCCAUUCUGGUAUGUUGUCGCAGCAAAAUUCGGACCAAGAAAAUUCGUCAAAUCUGAAGAGAAACAAAAAUGCCUCGAUAGAUAGAUAAAUAGAUAGUAACCACAGAUCGAGAAGACAAAAGAGCCGAUUCCAGUCAGAGAAAAGACCCGAGCCAAAGAUGCAGGGAGAGAUGGGCAAGAAGCGAAAACCGACUUAUUGCAUCUCGUGCAGUCCCGGCACGCUGUCCUGGCUCAUGUGUCUCGGUCUCAACGGCCGCGGCACAGAAUCGCUCGAAAGCUGUCUCUCAUGCGGGAUGCGCAACGGCGGCACCGAGUCGCUCGAGAUGUGUCGGUCGUUCGGGCUGACCAGCGCUGCCGGGCUCGUUCCGGGACUGCCGGCCGCGUUGGGGUCGGGGCUCGGGGCUUCGCGGAGCUGGCUGAGCGUCUGGAAGUGUUGCUGCUCGUCGUGGUUCAUCGGCGAGAUGGCGCUGACGGCGCUGCCCCAGGAAAUGGGAGAGCGGUGGUUCACGGGGCGGGUGGAGCCGCCGUCCAGUUCGUGCAUUUCUGGCACCGGGGCGGGUUGCGGGACGCGGUUGAGUUGGGCUUGGCGUUGCGCGUGGAAGGCGGAGACGGUUUGCGUGGCGUCGAGUUCGGAUUUGAAGAAGGCUGGGUCGUCACCUGGCGGUGAGCCGACGACGGGUGGUGGGCCGAAUUCGUUGCCCGGCUUAAAGUACUCGCCCAUGACGUGGCGACGCUGUUCGUCGACAUUGCCGAAUUCGGAGUCUGCAGCGAGGGUGGUGUCGCCCACGCUGGAGGGGGUUUGGUGGUAGCGCGGUCGCUUCUUCUUGUUGGUGUUGUUGUUGAGGAAGGCUUGGCGACGACGUCGCCAGAAGACGAAGAUAAGAGCUCCGAUGAGCGCAACACCGGCAAGGGCACCGAUCGCAAUUCCGGCAAUGGCACCGGCGCCUAGAGGCGCGGCAGCAGCAGUCGGGGUGGGGCUGCUGUUGCUGCUAGAGCUGCCAAUUGUGACGACACCAGAGGUGGAAGUCCCAGAGACGUCUUGAGCUACACCAAUGGUCAGAACCUUGGCCUCGUAGUCGGCUGUGAGGUAACUAGUUGA